CGAACGAAUCGAACCAAGACACCUUGUCCAACACGAAGAAACAGUCAACAUGAGAGUAUCACAGAUUCUGAGGUCAAGCGGUGGCGACCCGAAGCCUGGCGUCUAUCUCGGCCCAUGGGGUGCUCUAGGCUCCAUGCCACAGAAGGGUGUCGUUCACUACGGUCUCGCUCCCAACCGACAGAAGCCUCUCGCUGGCGUGGCCAACGCCGCUGUCUUCAACACCUUCCGCCGCACCCGAAACCAGAUCCUUUUCUGGUCUGUGCCUCUGAUCAUCGCAUACGAAUUGAUGGAGUGGGCUACUGAGAGGAACCACUACUUGAACUCGAAGGCUGGUCGCGCCGAGUACGCUGACGAGGAGUAAAAGAGCAUGCGAGCAGUGGGGGAAGGUGACAUUGAGGAGUCUCGAUUGUGUACAUAUCACACCCUAGAAGCGAAGGAGGAGUUGUAACAACAACAUUGUCUUGAUCACCC